GUGUGUUAUUGAUCAGCAAGCGAACGACCGUGCGAAUAACGGAUACAAAUAUUUAGUGACACGCGAGGAAAAGCAACAGUUGAUGAGUCGCGCACUGUGUGAGUUGGAAAUGGGAGAUUCCACUCCAAGCCAUGGGGGAGGUGGGAGUGGUGCUGCCAUGGAAUAUGACUAUCUCAUCAAAUUUCUUGCCCUGGGAGAUUCAGGCGUCGGCAAAACAAGUUUUCUGUAUCAGUACACCGACCAGUCUUUCAACUCAAAAUUCAUCUCGACCGUUGGAAUUGACUUCAGAGAAAAACGUGUGGUUCACCGAGUAGCCACAGCAGAUGGCGCUGUUGGUCGCAGUCAGAGAAUUCAUCUACAGCUGUGGGACACUGCUGGUCAGGAGAGAUUUCGCAGUCUCACGACGGCAUUUUUCCGUGAUGCUAUGGGCUUCCUGUUGUUGUUUGACCUGACCAAUGAGCAGUCGUUUCUGAACAUACGGAACUGGCUGACGCAGCUACAGACUCACUCGUACUGCGAGAACCCCGACAUAGUGCUGUGUGGCAACAAGGCAGACCUGGAGGAGCAGAGAAGAGUGUCUGAUGAAAGGGCAAAGGAAAUCUCAGAGAAAUACGGAUUGCCGUACUUUGAAACGAGUGCUGCAACUGGUCAGAAUGUGUCAAAAGCUGUUGAGUGUUUGUUGGACCUGGUCAUGACGCGAAUGGACUGAAAUGUGUCGAUAAAUCGCAUUGGCAUAUUGCCGUGGGGAGGUGUCGGAACGGCCGGCUAA